AUGUACAAUAAGAACAUAAUCACGUUUAAUCGGUAUGUAUAUAAAUACUGCGUGAAAUAUAAAUAAAAGCAAAAUAAUAAGCUGCUGUAUGUUAUAGUCGUCGUAGUGAAAACAAUAAUGUUGAACAGUAUUUCAAUAUUAUUCGGAAUUUCCUUAGUUUUAGCUACCACCACCGGUGACCAGGUCUCAGAGGACCUUCCAAAUGGCCAAGUACAUCGGUACUUCUUGUACAACAGGAAGAUAUACGGAGAAGAGAUUAGUUAUGACCCACAGGAUAGUGGGAACAGUGGCCUUAUAGAGGAUCUUCCUACGGUGAUAAUAAUACAUGGACAUAGAGACAGCUACAACGGAUCUUUUACCCAGUAUCUUACAAAUGAACUUGUAGCGAAUGAAAAUAUUAACGUGAUAGCAUUGGAUUGGUCAGAAAUCGCCUCGAUGCCGUACUCAUUUGCCCAAAACUCAGUAUUGCGUAUCGGCGACUACUUAGCAGCAUUCAUCGCCAAUCAUGGAAUCAACUUGGCAACAACACACUUGAUUGGACUCGAUUUGGGAGCACAUAUAGCUGGUGUCUCUGGUAGAAGACAUUUUGGAAGGAUUGCUAGAAUUACAGGUCUUAGUCCAACCACCAACGUCGUCAAGCUAACCAGUACCGACGCACGUUACGUGGAGGUGAUCCAUACAGGUGCAGCGUGCCGUCAUGGUCUUACUGACAAGCUGGGUCAUGCGGACUUCUACCCCAACGGUGGGGGGUUCCAGCCAGGGUGCUGGACUUGUGACUGCCACCGCAACAGAUCUUGGUUAUACUUCCUUGUAUCAAUAAAGACGACUAUGUUCAAUGCUAAUUGCUGUAAUUCAAUGUUGGAAAAGGACGAAGAUAUUUGCAGAGGCACUUUCCUUCCAUUAGGUACUACUAGGCUUGCAAAGACACCAUGUGUAUCUGGAAUUUAUCGAAUAAACACACGCGAAGAUUUCCCGUUCUAACAAACAUUGUAAUUAAAUGUAGCUUAUGAAGACAUAAUGAAUUGUUAAAAUGA